AUGCUUCUGCUCAUACUGUUCUGCUGCGCCAGCCUCGCGUCUACAGUGAGAUAUAAUAAGGAGGAGGAUGUUCAUGUGAAGGAGCCGACAAUACGAUGGCACCAGUCGGAGAGCUGCCAGGAAGUGCAGGACUUUGCGCCAGAGCCUGCCUUGCUGAAGAUCAACCUAGACCUGUCCAAAGUGUGGUCUGCGCUGUCAGGCGAGGCUCUCGUGGCCAUCAAGGGCAUCGAGAACAUGAGCUGCAGCAUGGACCUGGAACUGAGGAAGUCCGUGGGCUCAGAGGAGAUCGAGCUCGCGGUCACGUCCCGGACACUGCUGCGUGGUGACCUCCAAGGAGUCGUCAUGUCCAUGCCUGGCAUUCCAACGACAGCCUUCAGAAACGUUUCCUUCAAGGCAAAAGCCAAAGACCCGCAUCUGCCACUGCUGUCGCUGUCGGCGAAGGUUGUGAAGGAGAACGGCCGGAACGUCUUGAAAUUUCCCAAAGAGGAUCGAGACAUGAAUCUCCAGCUCGAAGAUCUGAAGGUCCGCGGGAAUGGGACUUACUGGAGCGGAACGGUGGCCCGCCUGACAAACCUCUUCAGCCGGGUUGGCGCUGUCAACAUCAAGGCUUUCCAGCAGAUCCUUGCCGCUCUGGUCUUCCGAUUUGUGGUGAACUUGGCCAACGAGGCGAUCCCGUCCGAGCUUCUCGGGUUGAUGGGGAGCAAGGAUCAUGGCCUACUUGCUGACUUGGUGAUGAAUGUGGGAUUCUACGGUGCUGGCAAUCCAGAGGAUCCAGAAAUGUCACUGUUUGUGGCUUCAAGAAACCUCGCCCUUGAAACGUCACAUGCAGGUCUGACGGACUUCGUGAAUGGUGGCUUCGAUGGCAUGCGUGAACUUGGCUUGUCCGAUGAUUUCGAGAAGACUCGUCAGAACCUUCUGAAGUUGGCCGUGGAAGAAGAGCUGAACAUGGACAUCAACAUUUCUAACUUCAUGGCCGCAGACAUUUUGGACUCCCAUCCCGAUGGUUGGGGACCCGGCAUAAGCAUCAGUGUCAAGAUGGAUAUGACCGGACAGGUGGAUGCGUGGAACGCGGAGGAAGGCGAGGCUGCAGGCCUUGAGGACCUCGAAGACCUGGAGCUAGCAGAUCGAUUCCCCGAGAUGCCCUUCACGAGCUUUGGAGAGUCCUGUCUGCGCAAAAAGAGUUGGAUCGAUGCGACAAAAAGCUGCAGAAACUGGGCCCUGGAUGCGAGGAAAUUGAAAGGCGAGAAGGAUGUAAAUGACGUUGCUUUUGAGCAGUCUAUGCAGUUGUUUGGGUCAUGGGUGCACCUGGCUUUGAAGAAAGCAUUUCCAUCUCUGUUCCGGAGGCCUUUGGAGCGGCAGGUUCUUGCCACGGCACAGCAAUGGAAGGACAACUGCAGUUAUGCCAUGCUCUCCCUCCCCUCCGGCGAGUGGUGGACUCCUGUCGUGGCCGUUUACGAAGUCCUUCAAAUCUACAAUCCGGAUGUGUCCGAGCUUCACGAUGUUUGGAAGAAUUUCCGCUUGGACGCCCAGCUUCGCCAAACAACUUACACCCAUCCCGUGGCAGGGCAGAUGGUAGCCAUCGGGGAAGGUGUGAAAGACGGGCCCGCAAUGAGAAUGAGCUAUGCCGGAAAGUGGCAUGAUCUUCUCAAGCUGGUUCCGCCAGGAAUCUUGUACUUGUAG